AUGAAUCAAGUGUUGUUAAUGCUGUUACUGGUGUCGGUUUUCGGGUCUCAAGGGAAAUCAGUGUCGGAUAUUUCACAUGGUUCAGGAAAAUUUACCAAGGGAUCUCCCACAAAUGGCAUCCAGCCACAACCCAACAUCUCUAAAGAAGAAUUCUUCUUCGCAGAAUCAUCAACAACUGAGCAAAUCUCAACCACUGUUUCUCAAGAAGAAAAUCAGAGAGAAUCAGAUCAAGAAUUGUCUGACACCAGUGUAUACAACAGAGUCCAGAAUCCAACGGACAAUGAAUCUUCUAUAGAUGAUUCUUCUUCCGAAGAAGAAGAGCCUGAUGGACCAGCUGAUCACGCGAUUCCUUAUUCAGAGCACGAAGAACCGAGAAACGUUCCAACAAAACCGAAAUACACUGCUCCAGGUGAAUGGGCCAAGCCACCAAAGGACAAAAAAGUUCACUUAGAAUUUGUACCAACGAAACUGUACGCUCAAGUGAGAAAAACUCAUACAUUGAGGAAGCUGCCUCGAAAGAAAGCUAUAGAGAACGCGGAAUCUGAAGAGGAAAAGGAAAAUGCAGCAAGAUUAAGGGCAGUGGUGAAGAAUACUAAAGUGAACACGGUUUAUACGGAAGAAGGCUACGAAGAUUCUGCGUAUGAUCAUGCUGGACAUAUCAGAGACGCUGAUUUUCACGAAGGUUACGCCAGAAAGUUGCACGAUCAUUUAGAUCUUAAGAAAAAAUCUGAAGACGAUGAUUAUGAUGAUAAUCACGAGAAAGAAGAGAACGAGACAAAAGAUAAAAACUAUAAGAAGAUUAAACCCGAGGAGUUCAAGGAGUUUGAUGAAGAUGAUAGUGCUCUUCCUAAAACGAGUGCAACGAGCAAAAUCAGUGAUAAUGUUUUAGUAAAUCCAAAAUUAGUUGCUGAAAAGGGAAUAGAGAAGCUGCAGGAGGAUUUGGAAAGAGAAGCUGAAGAAAUGGAGAAAGGGAUUGAGAUAAGUAAACUGGAGAAAGUUCAGACAACCACUGAUAUGGAAACCUCAGCUGGAUCAAGGGAACGUGAUAAUUAUGACAGAAUGAAGGAAAGAAGAAAGAAAACGGAUAAAAAACGAAGAAAAUUGUCAUCGUCUGAAAAUGUUGAGAAUUCUACUGUAGCGUCGAUGGAUGAGAAUAUAAUUUCUACGGAUCGUACAACGGAUACUACGAGUGUCAUAAAAGAUUUGGAAAAUUGGUCUCAAAAUUCUUCAGGGUUACAUAAAUACCAAGUCAAUAGUAAAUCUUCGCCAAACGUCGAUAUAAUUGAUUUUACACGCACUGAGGAGAAUCCAACGACUGUUAGCUACGGUCAACUCUUCUGGGAUUAUUUUAAAACAAGGCAGGAUCAAUUGACAACCACAGAAUUUCCAUUGAUAUCGGAAUCAACGACUUUGAAUCAGAAUCUUGCACAACCUCCCUAUAUUAGAAAUUUGAAUAAUUUUGUACCUUAUUCUGUUUACGAAGAACCUACGACCAUAUUUCCAAUCUUGGAACCUGAGAUCUUAGGUGUUCAGGAAACAACAUCUGGCCAUAGUUCUGUGGAUUCGGCAUAUUUAAAAAAUAAUGGGCAUAGUAGUGAAUUGCUACCUGUGGAUAGCGCAAGUAUGGACGAACUGUGGCAAUCGAUCAAUUCCGAUGAACAAUUAAAAAUGGAACCACCUUCCUUUCUAGAAUCUCAUAGUGAUAAAAUACUUAUGAAUGAUCAAGAAAUUUCAUUAUUGAAUUCCCAAAAGAUUUUAAACAGUAACGAAGAAUCUAACCAAAACUUUGACAGUUCUCUUUUCAAUCCAACGUUAAGUUCGGUGAGCAAUCGCAAACCACGUUACAAAAUUACAAUUAGAAACAAAUCAAAAGAACCUCAAAAACCCUUAAAUCUUAACAUUCAAUCUUCAAAUCAGGAAUCAUCGACAUCGAGUAUCAUAAACCAACAACUGACCGAUAUGACGACUACGAAGAAACCUGUCUCAAUGAAUGAAAAUUACAUGAAAGUUUUGAUGCACGUGAAGAACGAAAAAAACCUGAAAAAUGUUCAACAUCAGCAUCCAAACAGUCUGUAUCGAAAUCCUCAACAUCCAAACAGUUUACAACCUAACAAUCUUUUUCUGUCUAACACUGAAAAUAAUCUACAAGACUUAACUAUACUGAGACCCCCACUUCCUCAAAAAACACCAGAUUAUUAUUAUUACAACGUUGUUCCGCGAAGUAAACCGGAGAUUGACACCACGCUGUCUGACUGGAGCUCGAUUCCUGUUUCUCAACAACGUCGUCAGGUAUACAAAAAUCCUAGAACGUAUCGGAUUUAUUUCGAUUUACCACAGAUGCAACGGCAUCCUCUAAAUCGCAAGAGAAACACGAAGUCAGCGUCUGAUUUGAUUCGAGGCGCUCCGCCGCCGCAGAAGGAUUUAAUCUGGCACAAUGAACCGAUAGAUUACGUAAAUCGUGGCGGAAACGGGUCGAAGCAGGGCAGAAACGUUCUGAGACCGUUUCGUCAGGCGUCGAAUCUCGACGGGGUUCGUGGAAUUCGUGCAAAAAGGCGUAAAAGAAGAUUUGUCGGAGUUGAUGACGAAAGCGAUAUCGUGAAAGGCUCGAUAGUAAACAAUGGCACGUCGAAUCGAGGUGAAAUAGAACGAGCAGCGAAAAAUCCAUCGAUCGAGAGAAAUUGCUCGCAGAAAGUGACACGCGACCUGGAAGUGGGGCUCGUUCUGGAUACGUCGCAGGCAAAACAGUUUGAGGAGAAGAAAUCGAGACAUUGUGGGAAGGAUUGGGGAGAAGAGUCGCGUGUCGUGGAAAGAGAAAGCAUAGAUGUGAAUGGGUAUAAUGGGAGGAAUGGGUGUAUUAAAAGCAAUUUGAGGGCGCCGAGGUAUGACGAUGGAAAGAAAGAGGAGGGAAAUGUGAUUUAUUUGGUCAGGAAGGGGAGAGACGUUGAAAAAAAAGAUUUUAAAGCGAGAGAUGAAUUAAAAGAACGUGAAGAAUUAUUAGAUGAAACAUCUAAAGUGUCCGGAAGAAAGAAACGAGAAUUAAAUCUAAUUGAUUUAGUAAGAAAGAGAAAGGACGUUAAAAAGGAUGACUCUAACAUGGUGAAAGAAUUAAAGCAACGUAUAGAAUUAUUAAAUAAAACAUUUCAGGUGACUGAUGGGCAGAAAGAAGAAAAAGUGAUCGAUUCAGUGGAAGAAAAGAAAGAUGUUCAUGAAGAGGUUUCUAAAGUAAAGGACGAAUUAAAAGUGCAUGCAAAAUUAUUAGACGAGGCACCAACGAUAACUGAGGAUGUCAUAAACCAGGAAAUAAACAGUCGUUUUAACGAAGAAACGAAUGAAAGUAAGGAAGAUAACGAUAAAGAAAUUAACAAAGGGAAAGAUGACGAAAACGAAGAACAUAUUGACGUUGAUGUCGAAGUUCCAGAGUUCGAUUACGUGGAAGAACUAACCGAGGAAGAUCAUGCUGAUGAAAGUACUGCUACCACAGAAGCUACCAUAAAUAUAGAAAAAUAUCCAUUUUACAAUAACGAAAAGAUGCCAACUCCAUCUGCUUUAAAAUACGCGGUAGAUCCUAAGAGAUUACCUACGAAAACAUACGGAGCCAUGGACUUUUACAAUUCGAGGGAUGCUUAUAUGCAAUGUGACGAGGUGGAGCCUAAUUUAAAGGUAUUACCAGAGAAAGAAGAACCAGUAGGAAAUAAAGAUCCGGAGGGGAAUCUUCCUCGUCUUAAAGGAUUAGGAGACAAGCUCGACUGUUUCAAGGCUAAAUACUUCGACGAAGAUCCAUUCGAUAAUCCCUUAUUUCUAGAGAAACAAGUGGAAGAUCCAGUUCCUCCAGCUGAAAUAAAUGGCAAGCAGUUCGUUUCGAGAAUCAUGAUGUUCCCUAAAGAAGAGGAUGAUCACGUGAUACAGAAAUCUUCUAGGAGGCCAGAGAAUUAUCGACAACUUCGAAAACAUAUUUCCAAUCCCAUCAUAGCUCAGAAAACAAGGCGAAUUCGAUAUAAAAUUUAUCCAAGAACGACGCCAAGAACAAGAAGAAGACCUGAGAGUUAUAGAGUUCAAAGUUCACGGACUAAGUAUACGAAAAAUUCUAAAAGGCCACAGAAAAUUGAGAGACGUCCUGUCACAUCUGCCAGUGAAAUAUCCUCGAUAAAGCUUUCAGAUAGUAUACCAUAUCAGAGUCAGGUUUAUGAGGACGUUAUGGGUACCAUAAAGAAUUUAGCGAAUUCUUAUCAGGUUCGUGAGACGACAACGAUUCCAGCUUCAGACGAAAUUACUUUAAUGGAUGAUACAGUGGAUGAUGUUAAAACGAAUUCUAGUACAAAUUCGACGAGUUACAGGAAAAGAGAGAAAGAGAAGAAUAGUGUGUCGAUAGAUAUCAUGGAUCGUCCGAGUGAUAUGAGAAUUAAUAUUAAAGGACCGAUGCCUAAAUAUCAGAAUAGGUACAGACAAAGUGUGUACAAGAGAAUUAGAGUUCCACAGAAAAGUCGAUUAAGGGUUCAGCCGGUACAGAAACCUGUAAUUGGGAUUAGAACUGUGAAACGUCGUCGAAAAGUCCGCAUUUAUAAACGGGAUCUGAAGGAUGACUUGAACUCUAGUCGUGAAAGAAAAUUAUUAGUUGCUUCCAUUGAAUUGGGCUCACAGUCGGCGGAAAAGAAAGAAGACAAAAUAGGAAAUAGGUUCUUGAAGUGGAAGGAAAAUGAUUAUCAACUAAGAAACUUGGAAAAUUCGACGAUUGAGGACGACAAAGAUUCUUCUACUCAAGAAAAUUCAAUGACUUCCACCAAACUUCCAAAAACGAUCGAUACAAAGAAAAAAUCGAAGAUUCUGAAUAGUGUAACGAUUAAUUCUUCGAAUAAUAAAGACGAUCACGAAGAGGAAGAAUCUCAAAAAGUUGUGUACACGAUUAAAGACAGAAUAAGGUACUCGAAACCAAAAGGUGAUCUUUGGAAUGUUGGCAAAUUUGUGAAUAAAACUAUGGUGGAAGAAGACAAGAGACGAAGCGAGCCAAGGUAUAAUUAUAUUAGAAGAAAGAACCCUUCAAACCAAACAUUAACCACUACAGAGAGUUCUUUGUUGGACUUGACUAAUAAAAUUAAUUGGACAGAAACUGUGACGACCACAGAUAAAGUCAAUGAACUCGACAGUCAAGAAAUUGUGAAAGAAAACCGCAACGUAGAAUAUAUGAGCAAUAAUACCAAAGACGAUUACCAGAACAAAUCUGAAAAUUUUACUAAUUUUAAAUAUGAUCUAAUUAACCAGUCAAAUGAAGCAGAUGUAAAUAAAACAGGAAGUGGUUAUGCAGUUUACGAAAGUGUGAACGAAGGUGAAGUAACAACAACCACACAGAAGCCACAAUUGUCGACUUCUACUGAAUUCUUUAACUUGGAAAGCUUCCUGGAUACCGAUCCUCCAAAAUAUGGAGAAUUAUCAAACGAAGACUUUGAGAAAUCAUUUUCAUUGAAUACUACUAAUAGUUCUAAUGAGAAUAACAAAACUUCAGACUCUACAAAUUUCAAUGAAACACAGAAGGGAAACGAACAUGAAAAGGAAAAGGAUGAAGAUAUUUCGAAACCGUUUCAUCAAUCAUAUUUUUCCAAUGAAGAAUCUUCGGAGAAAGCACAGACAGAGACGAAAGUUCAGUCAAGCACAGAAUCUUCUGAAGAAAGCAGCGUCGCAUCGAAAGAAAGCGAAUCAGAGGAAGAUCGAACGUCUUUCUCAUAUACUUCUAGGCCAUCUUCUCCAGCAGAGAACUAUGAAGAUGAAAAAUAUUCGCAGCUUGGUCCACGUAUAAACAAACCAGCCUUCUACCAUCCUCCAUUUUUCAAUUACAAAAGAUUCCAUCCAAAGGAAAACUCCGAAGAAACGCAAGAAAGCAACGAAGAGAAAGAAGAAUAUGUUUUUCCGUGGUAUAAAGACAAAGAAGACCGACGGAAACGGAGACGCAGUCGAUAUCGCGAUAAAAUGAAUUACGAAUACGAAUAUCCAUGGGAAAAGAGAGAACGUUUAGCACGAGAAAAUAGAAAAAGAGAGGCAGAGAAGCGUAAAGGCUUGCUAAGAAAAUUCAAUGAUGAGGAGGAAGAAGCAGAGGAAGCCUCUGCUACGAAAUAUCGAACGAAUACUUAUCCACGUGGAAGAUACCGAUUUUGGGGUCGAAUAGAUAGUGACACUUCAGAAGAUAGAACUUCAGAUAACAUAGAAAGUAGCAGCGAGUAUCGACCAAUAAUGAGAUAUAGCAGCAGAUAUAAUUCGAGAAAUAUUAAGCUACCUCUGGACAAACAAUUGAUGAAUAUCAAAUCGAGAAAUAUAGAAGAAAUUAGUAGAUCGAUCAAGAAGACUUUGGAAGACAAUUCAGAGGAGAUGGGAACGUUGGAGGAAACGAAGAAUGAUUCGUCACAGGAAAAGAAACUCGAAGAAAAAGAAUCUGUGACUUCUUAUAAAUCUAGAGGUAUUUCCCGAGGAAUGAUUGUUCCUGAAGAUGUGACAUUAGUCCCAAGCAGGAAAACGAGAAAUAGAGAAAAAUCGAUAGAUAAUAGUUCUAUGGAUACCUUGUUUGAAAGUAGAAACUCGAGCGAGUUGGUGAAGAAUACUUUAGACAAUUCCGAGCCUCGAAUAACCGUGGUCGAGAGUCCUCGAGAAAUUGAGAAUUCCACGAAGCAGACAAGCAAGAAAAGACGAAGGCCAUCGAAGAACGCUAUUUCUACAAUGGAAACUGUGACAAAAUCUGCCACUGAAGCUAAUCGAGCUCGUCGAAGACAGAAACCUUCUCCUACCACGGUUGCCACGGUCGAAUCUACUUCUUUAGUUGCAACAACGACGUCAGCUUCUAAAAUUGCUCGAAGGAGAAAUCAGAAGAGUAAAGAUUCGAAGAAGAAUUACAUUUCUAACGUCCUGAAUAAAUCUGUCAACGAAGCUAGCAACGAGACAGAUACUUCGAGUAAAACUGGUACAGCGGAGCAGCAUUCCAGAAGCAGAAAGAAGAAUCAAACGAAUGAAUUAGUGAAUGAAUCGGCAAAAAACGACAGAAAUCAAGAACUAUCUGUAAAAGGUUCUAUAAAACAGGAGCAUCUAGAGAAGGUGAACGAUGGUCGAGAAAAGAAUCAAGGGAAUGAAACUAUGGAGGAAAGAUUGGUUGACGUGAAUCAGAAUAAGGAAGCAGAGGAAUCGAAGAGAAUAUUUCUUCCUGUCAAGAGUGAUGAAAGGUUCGAUUUCAAGGACGCUAGGAUAGAAACCUUGAGUGACUUUGAUAAAACUCAUAAUGAUUACGAGAUUGGAAGCAUAUUGAAGACAGAUGCGAAUUUUAUACCUCAGAACAGAGCUCUUCAAUUGACCGAACAAAGUUCCAGGGAAAUUAUUUCUACUGUUUCUUGGAUAUCGGAGAAUUAUGAUUUUUAA